AAACAAGCUGCACUUUGAUAGGCCUAGAGUAUUUAGUAAGCAGAAAUAUAUAAAAAGUAGGUUAUAGGAGGAAAUAAAAUGUUAUUAUUUUUACUUUAUUUGGCCCAAGUGUGACAGACUGAGUCAAACAGCCCGAGGAAGUGCCCUCUUUUCCCUUUUUUUCCCCGCCCAUGUGCGUUUAAUCCACAUUUGCAAGCACUUCCCUAUCUUCCUGCUAUUUUACCAUCACUGUCCUGCUCCCAAACUGCCUUUUUUCCCCUCCUCACAUGCUUUUUCACUGCAGUCGUCCGCAGACUUCCUCCAGCACUCCCUCUUUUCUUCUUCUUCCCCCCCCCUCCCUCCUUUCUCUGUCCUUUUUUUCCUCCUAUUUAUGAAAACGUCACUUCAAGUCCCUCCCUGUUUGAAUCUCAUUAGUUUCUUGUGUGUUUCUCCCUGUCAAUAAUCCCGAAUCCAGACUCUCUCUAUUUCCAUCCCUCUCUAUCUGUCAAUCAGCGCCGCCUUUGAACUGAAAACCACUCCGACCAACUUCAACUCACUCAAUCCGAGCGGCUCGGCUCCUUCUCCGGCUUCCCUUUUCUGCCAAGAUUCCCCCUUCUUUUCUAGUUUUGUUUGGAAAACGCCGAUACACAGCAGCAGCAGCAGAAGAAGAAACUUCCAGCGCGGACUUUCGAGAUCAACCGACAUUAAAAACUUUGGGUUUUGCCCCCUCUUUUCAACCGACGUUUCUUUUUUUUUUUUUUUUCCUUUUUACUUUUUUUGGUUUCACUCGGGGAAAAAAUGCCGCAGCUCAACGGCGGUGGAGGGGACGACCUGGGCGCAAACGAUGAAAUGAUUUCCUUCAAAGACGAAGGGGAGCAGGAAGAGAAAAUUUCGGAGAACUCCUCGGCAGAAAGGGAUUUAGCAGAUGUCAAAUCUUCACUCGUGAACGAGUCGGAAACGAAUCAAAACAGCUCGUCGGAUUCGGAGGCGGAAAGACGGCCUCCGCCUAGAUCUGAAACUUUCAGAGACAAAACAAGAGAAAGUUUAGAGGAGGCUGCGAAAAGGCAAGAUGGAGGGCUGUUCAAGAGCCCACCGUACCCGGGCUAUCCGUUUAUAAUGAUCCCCGAUCUCACAAGCCCCUACCUUCCCAAUGGAUCACUUUCUCCGACAGCACGCACAUAUCUACAGAUGAAAUGGCCCCUGCUAGAUGUUCAACCAGGAGGUCUUCAGAGUAGACAAGCACUUAAAGAUGCCAGGUCCCCGUCACCGGCACACAUUGUUGGGCCCUUCUGCUGGGAAUUCCCCGGACAGUCAGAUCUGAGCCUUCACCAAUUUCAUUUGUCUAAUAAGGUUCCAGUGGUACAGCACCCCCACCAUGUGCACCCUCUCACGCCUCUGAUCACCUACAGCAAUGAGCACUUCACACCGGGGAACCCCCCACCUCACCUACAGACAGACGUGGAUCCCAAAACAGGAAUUCCGAGGCCUCCGCAUCCCCCUGAUAUAUCUCCCUAUUACCCUCUUUCACCUGGCACUGUUGGCCAGAUCCCCCAUCCGCUAGGAUGGUUAGUACCACAGCAAGGUCAACCUGUUUAUCCAAUCACAACAGGGGGUUUCAGACACCCAUACCCAACUGCGCUCACUGUCAACGCAUCCAUGUCAAGUCUUCUGUCCUCCAGGUUCCCCCCACACAUGGUGCCCCCUCACCACAGUUUGCACACCACAGGCAUCCCACACCCAGCCAUCGUCACACCCAACGUCAAGCAGGAAUCCUCCCAUAGUGACAUUAGCUCCCUCAACAGCUCGAAACAGUCAGAUGCCAAGAAGGAGGAGGAGAAGAAGAAGCAGGUCCACAUAAAGAAGCCUCUGAACGCCUUCAUGCUCUACAUGAAGGAGAUGCGGGCGAAGGUGGUGGCGGAGUGCACGCUGAAAGAAAGCGCUGCCAUCAACCAGAUUCUGGGGAGAAGGUGGCACGCCCUAUCGCGGGAGGAGCAGGCCAAGUACUAUGAGCUGGCCAGGAAAGAACGACAGCUCCACAUGCAGCUGUACCCGGGCUGGUCAGCACGAGACAACUAUGCGGCUAACCAACAGGGGAAAAGGAAGAAGAGAAAAAGGGAAAAGCAGCAAGCAGAGAGCAAUGAACACAGAGAAUAUUUUCCAAACCCUUGCCUUUCACUUCCUCCGAUUACAGAUGCAAAUACCCCAAAGAAGUGUCGUGCCUUGUUCGGGCUUGACCAGCUGAGUUUAUGGUGCAAACCAUGCAGGAGAAAAAAAAAGUGCAUUCGCUACAUCCAAGGUGAAGGCAGCUGUGCCAGUCCUCCCUCUACGGACGGAAGCUUACUAGACUCCCCCCCAUCCUCUCCUUCCUCAGUGGUUCCCUCCCCCUCCUCAAAAGAGUCCAAACCUCAGACUGAACAAAUGCAACCUCUCUCACUGACUAUGAAACCGGCCCACCAGCCACUCCACCACCCGCACCUCCUGGCUGGGCCGCCUUUGGUUCAACUGGAAAACUCUGCGGCAGCCGGCAAAACGCCCGCCGCCUCCUCCCACAACGGAGCUCUGGAGCGCGCCGACGUCUCGUCCUCGCGGCAGCCGGGCUCCUCGAUGGCCCGGCCCUCGGCAGCGCUGUGUCAUUCCCGCUCGCUCCACCCCUCCGCAGCCCCCCAGCCUCUAUCGCUAGUGACCAAGUCUAUAGAAUAGUCUGCCCUUCUAGUUUUCUUUUUCCGCUCUGCACUCGCCCUUCUGGUAUUUUUAUGUUUCUGUGCCGCGAGGCUCCGAAAUUUUUUCGUUCUUUUCUCGAAGUUCAUUGGUCAAUAUUUGACCCUUCAUUAUUGAAAAAAAAAGUAAUUAUUAUAAAGAAGUGAUACAGCGAGCUGUAGUAUAGCCCAAAUUUUUAUGGAAUUUAAUUUUAUUUUUUUGUAGUGUUAAGCAGCACCAACACACUAAAAAAAAUACAUCCAACAGUUUAAAUGUUUAAUUUUUUUUGAAGCGGUAGAUUAUUCAGUGAGCCCUGUUCUGGAAAGAGUUGGUUCUUCUUCUUAUUUGUAUUAAAUACGAGCUCUCGAACCAAUCAUUCGACACCUGUUCAAACUCUUGGAGGGCAGGAGGCUGGCUGUGACCCCUCCCCGAGGAGCAACUUUAAUUGUGAUGUUACUUGUUUAAAUGUACAGAAUUGGAAAAAGGGGGGGUUGGCGUUACUGUGUUAAAUAUGCAUUCUUCCACUGUCUCUUCUUUUCUUGUUUACCUUUGGGGGCGGAGUCAGGAACGUUGAGGGUGGGCUUAAGGGGCGGGUGGGGAGGGUUAAGGGAUAUUAAAUUGUCACAACGCUAGGACCAGUAGUAUUUAUUGCUUUAGAAAUUGCUUGUUGUAUCUUGUACGUGUCUCUUUUUAUUAUUUUAUUUUUUUCUGUUGAAUACAUUGUACAAAUAUUUUUCUUAAGAUAAAGGAUGGAUCCGUUUUUACAAGGAGGUCUGUCUGUCGCCUGAUUCGUCCUCACCAAAAUCCCCCGGAUUUCCCUCACAAACAAGAAGUAUGCACAGCCUCAUUUCAAGAAACGCUUCUGUAAGCCAUUUUACACACAAAAAAAAGGACGGCAAGAAAACUUGAAACCAGACAGUGGGGUACCGUUUGUUCAGUGCUUGGAAAAGUGUCUAAAGCCCUUGUUUUUUAUUGCACAGUCACACCUCAGACUGUAGAUCCGUGUACAGAUUUUUUCGUGCCAAAAUUUUUGUGAUUUCUUUUUUUUUCUCUCUGCCCCACCCCACCACCCCAGAUUAAAAAAAAAAUCAAAAAAAGCUGUAGGGAUCUAUUUUUUUUUUUUUUCGUUUGUUUUGAUGUUUGUUUUUAUUUUAUUUUGAUACCAUUCUUUGCUGUGACGUUACAUAGAUUGCUAUGUAUGUAGUAUAAAUGUUGCUAUAACAAAUGUGUUUGGUAGCAAAUUGUCAAAUAAAAUUUAAACUUAAUAAAAAGACGGACAUCAUACUGUAUAAACCCACGAGGGCCAAAUUAUGUAUAUUAGGAGGUUCAUAAAAAACUAUUAAAUACAAAAAAAAAAAAAAUACACAAACUGCCACUUUUAAGUACACUACUGCAUAUAGGUAGAUAGAAAAAAUAGGCAUGUUGAUGUUGCAAGAGGCUGUAAAAAAAGCUACAAAAGAAUCAUCCACUCGGUGCCAUUGUAGUUGACAUGACACGACUGUAAUCUGUCGAUUUCUUCUCUGGUUUACUAAGAUGCUAAUGAUAAAUAGUUUGAAUGUUUCCUUAACGGCUGUGAUGUUGCUGUUCUAUUUUAUGCUCUUAUCUUUUAUUUUAUUUUUUGUUUGUUUGUUUGUUUUUUCCUGUUAUUUUAAAUGGUUCCAAAACCACGUUUUUUGUAAUGAAUAAAUGUUUAUGCUGUACAGUCUCUGUAGCAUGCAGUUCUGUAUUAAUAAAAGCAACUUAGUAUGUGCA